AUGCCGACCUCGGACGAGCCGCAAAUUACCUGCGGGGAAGAGGAUAUGGUGCAAAAUGUCUUUAACUCAACUAACGUUAACGACGAGUCUGACAUAUCGUCGGAGCCAAUCUCAGUGGACACUGAGGCCAAUCAGCCUAUAGCAACCAUUGCUCGUGACAACCCCGAGUCUAGGCUUUGUUUACGCCCCUUACCUAAGGUCGACUAUCGUCGUUUCUUUUAG